CCCUGCCAUUCACUCCAUAGUGUCCUUUGGAUGAAUCAGAAUCUUAAUAUUAGGACACGUUUUCAAGAAACCAUUAGACACAUUAGAAACCGGAAAGGCAUGCGUGUUAACAUGAUCUCUAAUUGACCGCUGCCCCGCAUUUGUAAACGAUCACUAUCGUCUCUCCGCUAGCCAUUCUCGUUGAUAUCAUUUUCAUUUUCUAUGACAAGUAAAACUUUUUCUCACUAAACCAAUUAAGGCAAAGAGAGUCCUUUCAAUAAUCAUUCAAACGGGAAUGGUAACACACAGCAGAGCUAAGAUUCUAAACCAAUGGCGGUGGAUGGAGGGGUUUACAGUGUUGGGAAGACGACGGUCUAAGGCAGCUGUCGUGGCGGCAAGACGGGAAGAUGAGAAAACGCAAGGGAAUUUUGUUUGUUUUUUUUUUCUUGAACACGUGUCCUAAUAUUAAGAUUCUGAUUGAUCCAAAGGACAGUAUGGAUUGAACGGCAGGGUGCUUUAGAGAAUCCGCAUCCGUAGGUUUAGUGAGUAUAAAACGCGUGAGACAUGUUUAAUUCAAAUAAGAGGUGCAACUGAGUGACCGCAUGGGCAGCCGCCAAGGUACGCACAAGCUUCAUUCGGCGCAUCCCUCAACGACGAUGGCGCUUCGUUUUGAGAUUCUUGGUAGGUUCAACCGUGCUCGUGCCUCUCGAUUGACACUCCCUCAUUUUGUGUGUCAAACGCCUUUAUUCAUGCCAGUCGGCACGCAAGGAACCAUCAAAGGAUUGACAACUAGCCAGCUCCAAGAUAUUGGUUGCCAAAUAAUACUUGGAAAUACUUAUCACUUGGCCCUUCGACCUACUUCUGAGCUACUUGACCAACUUGGUGGUCUUCACAAUUUUAUGAAUUGGCCACGUGCCAUGCUUACUGACUCCGGUGGCUUUCAAAUGGUUUCACUCUUGCAUCUUGCCGAUAUCACUGAAAAAGGUGUCACUUUUCAGUCACCCGUAGAUGGAAAGCCAAUGCUUCUAACACCUGAGGAUUCAAUUCAAAUACAAAAUAGAAUUGGAGCAGACAUCAUAAUGGCUCUGGAUGAUGUUAUAAAGACCACCGUUACUGGUCCAAGAGUUGAGGAGGCUACGUAUCGAACACUUAGAUGGAUAGACAGAUGUAUAGCAGCUCACAAGAGGCCUCAUGAUCAGAACUUAUUUGGUAUUGUGCAAGGUGGUUUAGAUCCUGUGUUGAGGGAUAUUUGUGUUAAAGGUAUGGUGGAGCGCAAUUUGCCUGGCUAUGCUAUUGGCGGUCUUUCUGGCGGCGAAGAUAAAAAUUCAUUUUGGCGAGUUGUUGCUCAGUGCACUGCUGCUUUGCCAGAGGAUAAACCGCGAUAUGUUAUGGGAGUUGGUUAUCCACUUGACAUUGUUGUUUGUAGUGCUUUGGGUGCUGACAUGUAUGACUGUGUUUAUCCUACUCGUACAGCACGCUUUGGCACUGCUCUAGUUCCUGAGGGAGUGUUAAAACUAAAAAACAGAGACAUGGCCGACGACACCCGUCCAAUUGAUCCUACUUGCCCCUGUAUGGUUUGCAAGAACUACACAAGGGCUUACAUCCAUUGUCUUGUGACAAAAGAUGCCAUGGGGUCUCAGCUUCUUUCAUAUCAUAAUUUAUAUUAUAUGAUGCAGCUUAGUAGGGAUCUCCACUCUUCAAUAGUUGAAGGAAGGUUCCCAAAGUUUGUAUGCGACUUUCUGCGCCAAAUGUUCCCAAAAGGUAAUGUUCCUGAAUGGGUCUGCAAUGCUAUGGAAGUGGCUGGAAUCGACAUUUCUUCCUGCUGUGCUCCACUUUCAUCGUGCCAAGAAAAUGUGUCAGAAUAAUUCAAGUUAGAAAUUAGUUUAGACUAACGAUUUUUUGCAGCAUAAAUUUUGUAUCCUACUUUAUGCUGCUCAAGUAAAAAUUAGUUAUUUAUGGUUCCUUUUAGUUCUUAUUCACCAUACACUUGUCAAGAUUAAUGUUGUACCCUAGAAUGCUGGCCAAUGAUUAAUAGAACGAUCUUGAAUUUUCUUAUA